ACGGCCCCGCCCCGGCGCGGGGACCACCCUCCGCCCGCGGAGGCGGGGGCCGAGUGCUCCGGGCACUCUCGGCGGUCCCGGCCCUUCGCCGGCGCCGCGCGGUAGUUCCCGCGGAUCCGCCCGCUUUCCCUGCGGGGCGAGUUCCCAGAUCGCCACGAGAGCCGCAGCAGCCAGCGGGACGCAAUGCGAGCCAGCAUCUUCCUUUUCUGGACCGAAGCCCGGGUCCUGGGACCGGUCCUCUGACGUCGCAAGCUGUUGCAGGAAGAAGCACAUUGCAAAGCGGACAGCAUCGUGCAGCAUGGUUGCCUGAGCUUCGGAAACUGCUGGAAUAACGGGAGAGAGAAAUAUGAAACCUUAGCAGUUCUCCCAGGAAGAGGGUUUCGCGAUGGCAGCUCAGCGGAUCCGAGCUGCCAACUCCAGUGGCCUCCCCCGGUGCAAGUCCGAGGGGACCCUGAUCGACCUGAGCGAAGGGUUUUCAGAAACGAGCUUUAACGAUGUCAAAGUGCCUUCUCCCAGUGCCUUGCUCGCAGACAAUCCCACGCCUUUUGGAAACGCAAAGGAAGUGAUUGCCAUCAAGGACUACUGCCCCACCAACUUCACCACCCUCAAGUUCUCCAAGGGCGACCAUCUCUACGUCCUGGACACGUCGGGCGGGGAGUGGUGGUACGCACACAACACCACCGAGAUGGGCUACAUCCCCUCCUCCUACGUGCAGCCCCUAAACUACCGGAACUCCACCUUAAGCGACAGCGGGAUGAUUGACAAUCUUCCAGACAGCCCGGACGAGGUGGCCAAGGCGCUCGAUUUGCUCGGAGGGUGGGCCGAGGACAAGAAGGGAUCGAGCAAACCCUCCAGUAAUAAUCCCUUCUGGAACGGGGUCCAAACCAACCCGUUUCUCAAUGGGAACGUGCCGGCGGUGAUGCCCAGCGUGGACGCGCUGACUCCCAAAAGCACUGUGGACCUGCUCCUCUUCGACGCGGGCCCGUCCUCGUUCACCGAGUCCGGCUCGGCCACCACCAGCAGCACCGGCAACGUUUUCGACGAGCUGCCGGCCACCGGCCGCCUCCACGCCGAGCCACCGGUCAAGCGGGACAACCCCUUCUUCCGCAGCAAGCGUUCCUACAGCCUGUCGGAGCUCUCGGUCCUCCAAGCCAAGUCCGACGCACCGGCAUCCUCGGGCUUUUUCUCGGGCUUGAAGUCGCCGGCCCCCGAGCAGUUCCAGAGCCGGGAGGACUUUCGGGCCGCCUGGCUGAGCCAUCGGAAGCUGGCCCGGUCUUGCCAUGACCUGGACCUGCUGGGCCAAAGCCCCGGGUGGGGCCAGACCCAGGCGGUGGAGACAAACAUCGUGUGCAAGCUGGACAGCUCGGGGGGCUCGGUGCAGCUUCCCGACACCGCCAUCAGCAUCCACGUGCCCGAAGGCCACGUGGCCCCCGGGGAGACGCAGCAGAUCUCCAUGAAGGCUCUGCUGGACCCCCCGCUGGAGCUCAACAGUGACAGGUGCAGCAGCAUCAGCCCGGUGCUGGAGGUGAAGCUGAGCACCCUCGAGGUGAACACCCAUGUGGUCUUGGAGAUGAAAGUCUCGGCCGAGGUGAAGAGUGACGUCUUCAGCAAAAGCACAGUGGGCCUCCAGUGCCUGAGGAGUGACGCAAAGGAGGGCCCGUAUGUCCCCAUCCCACUGUCGUACAGCUACGGGGACACGGUCCAGGUCCAGCUGGACAACCUGGAGCCCUGCAUGUACCUGGCCGUUGUGGCCCACGGCCCGAACAUCCUGUAUCCCUCCACGGUCUGGGACUUCAUCCACAAGAAAGUCACCGUGGGUCUCUACGGUCCCAAACACAUUCACCCAUCCUUCAAGACGGUGGUGACCAUCUUCGGCCAUGACUGUGCCCCAAAGACCCUCCUGGUCAGCGAGGUCACCCGCCAGGCCCCUGGCCCGGCCCCGGUGGCCCUGCAGCUCUGGGGCAAGCACCAGUUCGUCCUGUCCAGGCCCCAGGACCUCCAGGUCUGCAUGUUUUCCAACAUGACCAACUACGAGGUCAAAGCCAGUGAGCAGGCCAAGGCCGUGAGGGGCUUCCAGGUGAAGCUGGGCAAGGUCAGCCGCCUCAUCUUCCCCAUCAUCUGCCAGAACCCCGGCGAGCUCUCGGACUUCACCUUGAGGGUUCAGGUGAAAGACGACCAGGAGGCCAUCCUGACCCAGUUCUGCGUCCAGACGCCCCAGCCGCCCCCCAAAAGUGCCAUCAAGCCGUCCGGGCAGAGGCGGUUCCUCAAGAAGAACGAGGUCGGCAAGAUCAUCCUGUCCCCGUUCGCGGCCACCACCAAGUACCCGACGUUUCAGGACCGCCCGGUGUCCAGCCUCAAGUUCGGCAAGCUGCUCAAGACGGUGGUGCGGCAGAGCAAGAACCACUACCUGCUGGAGUACAAGAAGGGGGACGCCAUCGCCCUGCUCAGCGAGGAGAAGAUCCGGCUCAAGGGCCAGCUGUGGACCAAGGAGUGGUACAUCGGCUACCACCAGGGCAAGGUCGGCCUGGUGCACGCCAAGAACGUGCUGGUGGUGGGCAGGGCGCGCCCCAGCCCGCUGGCCGGGCCCGAGCUGAGCACGUCCGCGCUGCUGGAGCAGAUCCUGCGCCCCUGCAAGUUCCUCACCUACAUCUACGCCUCGGUGCGGACGCUGCUCAUGGAGAACAUCGGCAGCUGGCGCUCCUUCGCCGACGCCCUGGGCUACGGGAACCUGCCGCUCACCUUCUUCUGCCGGGCCGAGCUGGACAGCGAGCCCGAGCGGGUGGCGUCCGUCCUGGAGAAGCUGAAGGAGGACUGCAACAACGCCGACAACAAAGAGCGCAAAUCGUUCCAGAAGGAGCUCAUGAUGGCCUUGCUGAAGAUGGACUGCCAGGGCCUGGUGGUCAGACUCAUCCAGGACUUCGUGCUCCUGACCACGGCCGUGGAGGUGGCGCAGCGCUGGAGGGAGCUGGCUGAGAAGCUCGCCAAGGUGUCCAAGCAGCAGAUGGACGCGUACGAGUCCCCCCACCGGGACCGGAACGGGGUCGUGGACAGCGAGGCCAUGUGGAAACCCGCGUAUGACUUUCUACUCACCUGGAGCCACCAGAUCGGGGACAGCUACCGCGACGUCAUCCAGGAGCUGCACACGGGCCUGGACAAGAUGAAAAACCCCAUCACCAAGCGCUGGAAACACCUCACAGGGACGCUCAUCCUGGUGAACUCCCUGGACGUCCUCCGAGCAGCCGCCUUCAGUCCCAUGGACCAGGACGACUAUGUGAUUUGAAGGGGUCCCUCCACCUCCUGCUGCUCACGGGGCGGGCCACUUGCCCUCCGUCUGCCCUGGACGCCCCGCAGUCCUAUGGAGCUGGGGGUGGACAGGGAGGGUCGGCUGCUCCCUUAGAUCCAGGGUCCCUCCCGGCUGGACCCGCACCCCGGACCAAGCACAUGCAACGCUCCACUCACCGCCUCUGUCACAGGGGAGGGGCCGUGGGAAUUGCUACGGCAGGUUGUUGCCAAUCAAAUAGCUUUCUAUUUGUUAAUUAUACCUUGAGAUUUAAAAUCACUUUUUUUUUAAAGUAUGGGGGGCUAGGGGCCGAUGAGAAAGGUGAUACCUAAUUUUUUAAUGGACCAUAAAGAUUUAAAAAAAAAAGAACACUUCAUAGGGGCAGAUGCUGUUGAGGUUUUUAUGUUCUCGAAAGACCUUUUUAAAUUAUGUUCCAGAUGUAUAUAUGUAUUUAAGGGUCGUGGGAGCAUUUCUAAUUGCCAGGCACACUCGGCAUUUCAACACUGAGCUCGGAAAGACACUCGUUCAGGCGUUGGGCCGUCUGGGGUCUGUACGGAAAACGAAGUCAAACAGGAACCGUGCUGUUUCAGUCAAGAGUCUGGUCCUCACCCAUUCUUCCCGAGAUCAUCCUAGGCCUGGCUUUCCUCGUGUUUUUAUUUACCUUCUGUACAUCGGCCCCGUGUCGCAGGAAAGGAUCAGCCACAGCACAGGGGAGGCUUUUUUGAGCUUUAGCGGCCAGAGGGAAAUCCAGUUUUAUGCCCUUGAGACAAGCGGGCAGCGGGCAGGCAGCCUUCUCUCCCGCCCUGCCGGGGGCCUUCAGUCCUGCAAAAGAGCUGCACCAUUUGGAGGGAGGGGGUCCCCGAAGCUCUAAAGCCACUGUCCUGCUUCUCCCUGGAGGCAGGGGGAGUGCUUCCUGCGGAGCUCAAAGCCUCGCCUCCGGGUGUGAAGAAAACGCCACCCCACAUGCACCUAAUGCUCAUGGCCAGGGGUGUCCGCUGCCGUUUGCCAAACUCCAUUUCACCUAAAACGUCACCCCUCUGGCCUCCUGGUGUGUCCAUCUUUCCUUGGACGUAAAUAGCAUAGGGAAGUCUCUUUUAAAAAAAACACUGUAACGAUUACCCAAGCAAAAUGAAUGUUUUCUGAAAACAUUUCCCGCAUACAGUGGGGCCCACUGAGUUCCCAACGCUGGUUGCAGAUCCGCGUGCUGGGCUGAAUUCCGGCUGCAUCGCCAGGAGGGAGUGAGGGGCGGGGCUGAAGACUCCAGCGGAUCUGAGGAGUCGAUCCCCAGGAAGGAGCCAGGACACGCGCUGUGCUCACCUGAGGGAUGCUAGGCCAUCUGGAAUCCCUGAAUGUCAUUCCCUCUGUCCGCUUUCUGGAGGCCUGUUAAUUACUUAGCCUCAUUGAUGUAAAUGCUCUCUCAGGCAGCAACACUCUUAGAAGGCUGUUGAUUCAGAUACUGAAGACCAACUAGCUAGAAACACCCACGAAAAGAGCCCUGCCUCGUUUCUUCUGCAGGAGCCUGGACACACACUCGGCCGAUCCUCACCCAAAGUCACCUGACCUUCUGCUUCUUGACUCUCCGCCUUCAGUCUUCCCAGAGAGCAUCUCUCACUUUCCCCCCAAAGAAGAAACCAAACCAGUCGCACCUUAAAUAUGGAUAUUUUUCCUCAGGGGCUUUAAAUUGUUUCCUAUGCAACAUGUCUUGUAGCACAAAAUUCGAUUCUACAAAAGUUGCAGUAAAUUUUCUUUGGAUAUUUUAA